AUGCUGUUUUUCUCGUUUUUCAAGACCCUUGUAGACCAAGAGGUUACUGUCGAACUAAAAAAUGAUAUAGAAUUGAAAGGCACUUUGAAGUCUGUGGAUCAGUUUUUGAACCUAAAGUUAGACAAUAUAUCCUGCUCCGACGAGACAAAGUAUCCUCACUUGUCGUCGGUGAGGAACAUCUUCAUCAGAGGAUCUACCGUAAGGUAUGUGUAUCUGAACAAAAACAUGGUAGACACCAAUUUACUACAAGAUGCUGCUAGAAGGGAAGCCAUGAGUUCGAGAAAGUGA